UUUUUUAAUUAUAUUUGUUGACAAUUUCGAAAGGAGUAUAGUUUAAUAAAAAUCAAAUAAAUAUAGAAAAAUUAUUAUUAAAUAUUUAAAAGUUCUGUAAAUUCAAUCACUUAAAAAGGAAUAAAACAUUGGAUGAAACCUGUCAUUUUAAAAAAAUAAAUCGCAAUGUAUGUAAAAAUUGAAUCCAAUGAAACGAGUAAUUAUUUUCAAUUACCAUACGAAUUUUUUGAAAAGUUUAGAGUACCUGGAAAAGUCAGUCUUUUGAAAGGUUGGACAUCAUACUUUAAGGAGUAUUUUAAAGACACUUAUAAAGACUGCAAUAUUUCCUUUGCUUUCAAUAAGUGCCGAAAAGGUGUGAAUCCCGAUCAGCGAAUAUGGUUUGCUCAGGCUUCUUGCACUGUAAACGGAUGCGCAAAAUUUAACUUUUAUAUAAAAGCAAAUGAUGUCAUUGAAGGGCAAGAAAUAAUAGUUCGCUUUGACAUAAAAGGUUGUGUUAUCAUCCAUGAAAAUCAAUCAGUUCCAACAAAAACAACAAAUAUUUCAAAUAGUAAGGAAUUACCAUCCAAUGAUUUGAAUUUUGAAGUUCCAGGCACAUUUUUAACUGACUUUAUAAAAUCAGAUAACCAGUUGCGUUUGAGUAAAGGUUGGAUCGAAAGUUUUAAAAAUUGCUUUUUAAGUCGACACCUUUGUGAUCUUGUCAUUAAGGAUAACAAAAUUUUAAGAGGUCAUCAUAAGAUUUGGAGGGCAAAAGGGAAUUGCAAAGUGCCUGGUUGUGUUUUAUAUAAUUUUGCUAUAUAUAAUGAUAUUAAAGAAGGAUCACCAAUUUCUGUCCAUGUUAAAAAAAUUGGAGAAAUUAUACACGUAGAAAAACAAGUGUCACCGAUCCCAGACGAAAAAUUGGAAAUUUCUGAUAAUGUGUCCAGUGAAAAAAGUAAUUUCGAACUUCGAAUUCCCAGAAAGUUUUGGGAUGAUUAUAAGAAAGAGGAAAAUCAAAAACGUCUUUUGAAAGGUUGGACAGAUGAAUUGAAUGGAUAUUUCAAGUUAAAAAACAAAUAUUGUGUUCUUUCUUUUAAAUACAAUAAAUGCCUUCAAGGUAACGGAAAGGAUGGAAAACUUUGGUACGCUGUAGCCCACUGUACGCAUAGUGGUUGUGCUUCUUUUAAGUUUAGCUUGAGAUCUGUCUCAAAUAAAGAAACGGAAAUUGUCAUACAUGUGGAAAGAGCAGGUUAUUAUCAACACGAAAAUGAAAUACAUCGUCGGUAUAUUCGUGGAAAAAACAGACAACAAAUUGCCCAAAUGUCUAGUCCGCCAAGUACAGUUAAAUUUGACAUGCUUUCCAAAGUUACAGAGGAUAUUUUAUUAAAAGGCAACAGAAACGAUGCACCGAGCGAUACAAUUUUGCGAAAAAUAUCGCUUUGAAAAAAAGAAAGAAGACUUGGAUGACGAUUUUCAUUUAUAUCUAGUGAAAUUAAAACAAAAAUAUGAUACAGACAAAAAGUAUCAGGGUCAAUUUAUACAAGGUCUGAUAACAGACCCACCUAAUAUAUCCUUGUGUAAUCGUAAUGUUUACAGAACGACAAGUACAGUAUGUAGUUGCUGUGAGUCGUAAAAGUAAUGUGUUUGCUCAUUUAGAUGCAACGGGGACAAUAAUUUCAAACCCACCUGGAGGUGAAAUACGGCCCUACUACUAUGCCUUAAUUUUUGCUGCAUUUACCAUUGAUUUUGUUGUACCUUUGAUUUGUUCAAAUAAGUUUUAGUUCAUUAUUAGCCAAGUUCUGUGUUGUGAGUACAUAUGAUUUGUUCUGCUUUUAAUAAAAGAAACUUUGUAAUCUUUUUGAUUAAACCGUUCAUUCUGCCACGUGCUCUCUGAAGUGUUCUUCGAAGUUUGUUUUAAUUCUGAUCCGUUCUGAGUUUUGUUCUAUAAGCGAGUUGGACUUCUACCCAGCUCGCUCAUCGUAACCUUUUUAUGAAAUGUCCAAAUUUUUUGUGUCACCCUGAGGACCCAUUUUAUUAUUUUAUUUCGUUCCGUAUGAUUUUUCACGAAUUUUACUGGUUUUAUCUGAGUUUGAAGUGACUCACUGUUAUCGUGCUGUGACCUCUGCUGUUUAUAAUGCUCUGUGAAACUAUGUAAACAUCUUUUGUGUAUCUGCGGUGUCACCUUGCAGUGUUGUGGUCUUCGACAGUUUUUGGUAGUUUGGGGGAGUAGUAUAAAGGCCUCAUAGUUUUCUCUCGAUUUCCGAUUGCAGAAAUUGUUAUAAACAAUGGUCAAAGUUAGUGAAACGUGGUAUUUUGGUGCUCGUUGCUUUCCAUUAAAUUUUAAUGGAAAAAGUUGUGAUUAAAAAAAAAAGGUAUUAAAAAUACCUACAAAAUGAUGGGUCGA